AUGGCAAAAAGUAAAAAAUCGAGUUCAAGUGAGAAAACAAAAACAAAAGAUUGUGUUGUUUCUUCCACUACUACCACGUCUUCAGGUCCAAUAUCAUUAAUAUCCGAAGGAAGCUUAAAGAUUUCUCUGUUAGUGAAGCCCGGAGCCAAAGAAUCACGCGUUAGCGAUAUUUCGGGGGAUCAUAUCGGAGUACAAAUUGCAGCCCCUCCUAGAGAUGGCGAAGCAAAUAAGGAAGUAGUGUCAUUUUUAGCUCAGAUACUCCAAACACGAAAAACAGAUGUUUCUAUAAUAUCUGGUAUGAAGUCUCGCGAAAAGGUGGUGAGAGUAGACGGUGGCAGAGACUUGUCAAUAGAAAAGAUACGAGAAUUACUGGAAUCUAAUAUCCAAGAAUAG